AGAAGAGAAGGAACUGGGCGAGUGUAUUUAUUUUAUUUUAAAAUUGCUGAUAAAUUCUGUUUUUAAAUUUAAAGCAUUUGUAUUUUGUAGGACUGUGUAAUAUAAUAUAUGAAUAUGACAAGGAUGAAAUUGGGAAUGAUUUCCAUGGGCAUGGGGAGCCGGAUAGUGGGAUUCAUGAGGAAUCAUUCAUACCAGUUGUUCCCUCCCUCCAUUACUGUCCGAUUGAAAACAACCUCGUCUCACUACGUGUCUUCCAGAGCUAGAGAUCCCACUUUCGAGAAAUUCAUGGACAACUACAAGAACUUGCUCAAAGUCGUAUCCAUCCAAGACCUCAUCCUUGCCAAUCCUCAAAACCCCGUUGUUUCUCUUGAAUUCCUCUGCAAGCUCUCCCAGAAGCUCCACCUCAACCGCGGCUCCGCCUCCUUCCUCCGCAAAUACCCUCACAUUUUCCGCAUCUUCUACGACCCAACCAAGUCCCAACCCUUGUGCGCAUUAACUAACGCCGCUCUUCGCAUUGCCCACCAAGAAUCCCAAGCCAUUGCCGUCUCCCUUCCCCUCGUCGUCAAUCGCCUCCUCCGCCUUCUCUCCAUGUCCACCUCCAAAACGGUGCCGCUUCGAGCCAUUUUCAAGGUCUGGAGGGAACUUGGGUUGCCUGAUGAUUUCGAGGACUCGGUACUAUCCCAAAACCCUCAUUUGUUCAAGCUAUUAGAUGGAUCUGAACCCGGUACUCAUACUCUUAGGAUGGUUGAUGAUGUUAGAAAUCAAACUUAUUCUUUUACUUCGGCUGUAGAGAACUGGAGAGUUGAGGAGUGUUGCAAAGAGAAUUGUGGUGUUGAGAGGACUGAGAUUCAGUUCAGUUUUAGGCACGGAUACCCUCCUGGGAUGAGGCUGUCAAAGAAUUUUAAGGCUAAGGUUAAGUUGUGGCAGAGUUUACCGUAUGUAGGGCCAUACGAGGCAAUGCUUCCGGGGACAAUGAGGUCAAAGGCUGCUGCCAUGGCUUUGGAGAAAAGGGCAGUUGCUAUAGUUCAUGAAUUUUUGAGUUUGACCGUUGAGAAGAUGGUGGAAGUGGAGAAGAUAAGUCAUUUCAGGAAAUGGUUUGGAAUUGAUCUGAAUAUAAGGGACUUGUUCUUGGACCACCCUGGGAUUUUCUAUUUGUCAACCAAGGGGAAGAGACACACUGUUUUUCUGAGAGAGGCUUAUGACAGGGGAUGUUUGAUUCACCCCAAUCCUGUUUAUCAUGCUAGGAGAAAGCUUCUUGAUCUUGUACUUUUGGGUCGCCGAGGUUUGGUUCUUGAGGAAUCCAGUUUGAGGGAUGUCGAGGAGACUGAGCUUCUGGGUGAAAGCUAGGACACAAACUGAUUGACUUUAGGAGUUACAGCCGUUACAAAGGCUGCAAAUUGUUUUUUGCCCCUUCACAAUCCUAGUUUCACAAUUUCUCUGCUCAAUCAGGGUUGUAUUCGCCAUUUUAUGAGGAAUGUUAAUCUCCAUUUUGUGAGGACAGAACAAAUGGCGGCAAAUUGGUUUAAGCUGAUCACACUGAGCAAUCUCAUUAAAGAUUCUGCAAUAUCCUUUGUUCUAUUCACUUGUGUUGACUUUGCUGCGAGGACCUUGGAAUACAUAAUUUUUUUAUUUUCCGGUGGCAGUAGAGUUGGUCUUGAUAUUGGUGGCCAGGAACUUUCUUUCUUUAGCUGACCAGUGUGGUAAUAGUUUUGGCAUCAUGAAUACAUCUCGGGGUCGAUUCUAGAUCAUGUUUUUUCCAUUAUAUAAGCUGCUUGGAACCAUCUAUAUUUUCACUUCUUAUGCAUCUAAUUAUAUAUGAUCUACAAAAUUGGAUGACAUAGUUGAAUUUCAAAAGCUCAGGGUUCUUUAUCUUUUGUUACACUAAUACAAAGAAGUAUACAAGAGUCAUUUUGUGGAUAUUUCAAUUUAUUCACAUUUCUACAGAACCCUUCAGCUGUCCAAGUACAUAUAAGCUUGAUUGAUUCUUUUGCAGUGCAACGUUGGCAGCUGCAUAAAUAGUAGGUUUGAUGCACUGUUUUGUUUGUAAUCUUAGUUUUGGAUUCAAUACUAAUUUUAUGUGUAUGUUUCAAGAAGUCAUUUCAAUCAAAAUAUUCCCAGCCUAUUUUAAUGCAGACAGAUAAAUUGUUACUACUAA